CCAUGACGCUGCUCCCAGAGCUUUAGGAUGAAACUAGCGAGGCGCGUUUUCCUCCUGCUCAGCUGCUGGACUCUGCUCGACCCGCAUCCCGUCCUCGGUUCCCUCAGCCGGAGCAGACCGACAGACCCACACCUCCACCGGCCCGGAGACGGAGAGCAACCCCGGGGGAGAACCGGCGGAGGAGCCGGCGGGACGUGGAGACCGGCGCCGGUGCGGAUCACGAGAAUCCGCGCGGGUCCGCCGUUAAUUAAAGGAGAAGCCGCUGUGAGUAAAACCAAACCGACCGCCGGGAACCGAGCGCUCGGUUUGGGGCGCAAAGAGGCUGCGCGCUCCUGGCCGCCCGCCGGGGAUGCGCACGUUAAAGCCCCCGCAGCUCUGAACGCACAUGCAGCCGGUAAAGGAACCGGAGCUGCUGCUGCUGCUGCUGCUGGAGGCGGAGGAUCACCGGGGAAAGAUUUCGGGAAAGUCGCCACCAGAGCAGCCGCCCAGAGAGCCGCCGGGGCGCAGCAGCAGAGCGCGGCUCCGGUGGCGCAGCGGGGAAACACCGGCAGCAGCGGCGGCAAGGCACCGAAGCCGAGCCACCGGGAGGCGCACCAGAAGCAGCCGCUGGUGAUUCCUCACGACUACAUGCUGUCGCUGUACUGGUCUCUGAGCAGCGGAGAGCUGAACGGCAGCGCGCUGCACCAGGCGGGUCUGGCCAACACCGUGACCAGCUUCGUGGAUAAAGGACAAGAUGAUCGAGGGCCUCAGCUGCGACGCCAGAAGUAUCUCUUCAACGUCAGCUCUCUGGAGCGCGAUGGGCUGCUGGGGGCUGAGCUUCGUAUCCUGAGGAAGCGUCCGUCGGACCCCCGGCGAGCCGACGGAAGCUCCACCUGCCUGAAGCUGCUCACCUGCUCAGGUAAACAGAAGGCGACGCCGCUGCAGACCAGGACGCUGGAGGAGCUGCAGGGCUUCGGCGGCCGCUGGGAGGUGUUCGACGUCUGGAAGCUCUUCAAGGCAUCCAGGCAGCAGCCGGAGCAGCAGCUGUGUCUGGAGCUGGAGGCCGUGGAACUCCGCGGCGGACGCCCGGUCGACCUGCGCUCACUGGGCUUCUCCCGCCUCGGCCGGACCAACAAGGAGAAGGCCUUCUUCCUGGCGUUCGGUCGGAGCAAGAAGCGCGACCUCUUCUACAACGAGAUCAAGGCUCGGUCCGGCCACGACAACAAGACCGUCUACGAGUAUCUGUUCACGCAGCGGAGGAUGCGACGAGCUCCAGCAGCGAGAGGCGCCAAGAAACCGCCUCCACCUCCACCUCCUCCACCCCCGCCGCCGCAGACCCUCCCCCAGCACCAGGUGGUGAAGACGAGGCCUCGCUGCCACCGACGGCGGCUCCACGUCAACUUCAAGGAGAUGGGCUGGGACGACUGGAUCAUUGCGCCGCUGGAGUACGACGCCUUCCACUGCGACGGCACCUGCGACUUCCCCAUCCGCUCGCACCUGGAGCCCACCAACCACGCCAUCAUCCAGACGCUCAUCAACUCCAUGGACCCCGAGUCGACGCCGCCCACCUGCUGCGUGCCGACCCGCCUCAGCCCCAUCAGCAUCCUCUACAUCGACUCGGCCAACAACGUGGUGUACAAGCAGUAUGAGGACAUGGUGGUGGAGUCGUGCGGCUGCAGGUAGCAGCGAGAAACGCUCGUUAACAUUACGACCCCAAACUGGAACGCCGAACAGACCGGACUCCUCACCGCAUACCAGCGAUGGCAGAGACUAAACAGGACGGCAGCAUCUCUUAAACCGAUGAGUCAUGUUGGUGUCGGAGCAGACAGAUAACAGAGACGCUAUCUGUCAGGAAAAGACUCUCCUCAGAUGUACAAAGUUGAAACAUUAAGUGAAUUAUACUCAGAAAUGCCCUUUUUUCCAGCACUUAUCUGAUGGAGUCAUGUGUAUCCUUGUUCUAAAGCAUGUGAGGAAUCUGAUGUAUAAAUACAGUGAUGGAGUGCUCGUCUGACCUGCUCCAAAUGUGAGAAAGUUGAAUAAACUAGUCUUCAAUAAAAAA